GGCGCAUUCAACCCCAAAUCUGAGGGAAUUCGCUCCCCCGCUUCCACAAUGCCGGCCAAACGGGUGGCGGUAAUUGGGGCCGGGCCCGCGGGCGCAAUCGCGGUCGAUGCGCUCGCGCAGGAAAAGGCAUUCGACCUCAUCCGCGUCUUCGAGCGGCGCGAGGCAGCCGGAGGAUGCUGGAUCGGCGACUCGGCGGCGCCUCCGACGCUCACCAACUUUGCGCGCCUGGCUGACCGCUCUGCCGAUGCGCCGGUGGCCAUCCCGGAGCGGCUGCCGGCCCUCACGCCAAAGUCGGACCAGCCUCGCUUUGCAGAGUCGUCUAUUUACCCCUACCUGGAGACCAACGUCGACAGCCUGGCCAUGGAGUUCAGCCAGGAGCCCAUCCCGGAGAUCCGGAGCAACUGGUCCAUCGGCGUGCACGGCCCCGACACGCCGUUCCGGCCGUGGACGGUGCUCCGGGGGUACAUCGAGAGCCUGGUGCAGCGGAACGGCUACGAGGACUUCAUCUCGUACAGCACGUGUGUGGAGCGCGUGGAGAAGGUGGGCUCCGAGUGGAAGGUGACGUUGCGCAAAGAAGGCAAGGAGCAGGAUUAUUGGUGGGUCGAGUGGUUCGAUGCCGUCGUGGUCGCCAGCGGCCAUUACUGGGUGCCGUAUAUCCCAGCGAUUGACGGGCUUGAGCAGUUUGAGAAGUCUCGUCCGGGGAGUGUGCUGCACAGCAAACACUUCCGAGGGAGAAAUCUCUUGAAAAACAAGCGCGUUGUCGUUGUCGGAGCCUCUGUUUCCGCAGCAGAUAUCGCCGUCGAUCUCGUCGACACGGUCAAGUCGCCCGUACACGCCAUUGUGCUAGGCCACACGGCCAACGGCUACUUUGGCGACGCAGCAUUCGACCACCCGCGGAUCGAAAAGCACCCCUCCAUCGCCCGUGUCAGCGGCCGGACGGUGCACCUGGUGGACGGCAACGCGAUCCCAGACGUGGACCACAUCGUCUUCGGCACGGGCUACAGCUGGACGCUCCCCUUCCUGCCCUCGGUGCCGUUGCGGAACAACCGCGUGCCAGACCUGUUCCAGCACGUCGUGUGGCAGCACGAUCCGUCGCUGCUAUUCGUCGGAGCCGUAGGCGCGGGACUCACCUUCAAGAUCUUCGAGUGGCAGGCCGUGUACGCAGCGCGGCUACUCGCCGGACGAGGGACUCUACCGCCCGUAGAGGCGAUGCAGGAGUGGGAAACAGAGCGAAUCAAGACGCACGGCGACGGGCCCAAGUUCACCGUCGUGUUCCCAGACUUCGAGGACUACUUCGACGGGCUGCGGGAGCUCGCUGGCGACGGCGCGCCGGGGGUGGGCCGCAAGCUGCCAAAGUUCAAGAGGGAGUGGCAUCGCGCGUUUCUGACUGGCACAGACCUGCGCAAGGAGAUGUGGCAGCGGCAGAACGAAGCGGCGAGGGCUGACGAGGCAUCCAAGGCCAAGGGUCUCCAAGCCCGCUUAUGAUCUUGUGAUGACGGGUUUUGUGCUGGUGGCUGUAGAUGGCGAUUGGAUGGAGCGGCGGUUGUGUUUCACUGAUGUUGGAAAGGAUUUGCAGCUUGAGGUUGCCUCAGUUGUAUACUGUUGAUGUCAUAGAUCUUAGACGAUGAAUACCAUGGACCUCCCAAUUAUUCUCGACAGCUGUUCACUGGUUCAAACAUCGUUGCCCGUAGGCCACCGGUGCAUACAAUCAUCAACUUCGUUUGAUAACUUCGUUGGUAUCACCACUUGCC